AUGAGCCGCGCGCGGGGCGCGCUGUGCCGGCCUGCUCGCCUGGCCGCGGCCCUGGCCGCGCUGCUGCUGCUGCCGCUGCCGCUGCCCCGCGCGCCCGCCCGCACCCCCGCCCGGCCCUGCCCGCCGCCCUCCCGGCUGCGGCCGGACGACGUCUUCAUCGCCGUCAAGACCACCCGGAAGAACCACGGGCCGCGCCUGCGGCUGCUGCUGCGCACCUGGAUCUCCCGGGCCCGCCGGCAGACGUUCAUCUUCACCGACGGGGACGACCCUGAGCUAGAGCUCCGGGGAGGCGGCCACGUCAUCAACACCAAUUGCUCUGCCGUGCGCACCCGCCAGGCCCUCUGCUGCAAGAUGUCCGUGGAGUAUGACAAGUUCAUCGAGUCCGGGCGCAAGUGGUUCUGCCACGUGGACGACGACAACUACGUGAACCCCGAAAGCCUCCUGCACCUGCUGUCCACCUUCUCGCCCAGCCAAGACAUCUACUUGGGGCGGCCCAGCCUGGACCACCCCAUCGAGGCCACGGAGAGGGUCCAGGGAGGCGGAACUGCGACCACAGUCAAGUUCUGGUUUGCCACCGGUGGGGCCGGGUUCUGCCUCAGCAGAGGCCUCGCCCUCAAGAUGAGCCCGUGGGCCAGCCUGGGCAGCUUCAUGAGCACGGCUGAGCGGGUACGGCUGCCCGACGACUGCACAGUGGGCUACAUCGUGGAGGGGCUGCUGGGCGCCCGCCUGCUGCACAGCCCCCUCUUCCACUCCCACCUGGAGAACUUGCAGGGGCUGCCUCGGGACACUGUGCUCCAGCAGGUCACCCUGAGCUAUGGGGGUCCUGAAAACCCCCAUAACGUGGUCAGUGUGGCUGGAGUCUUCAGCCUGCAGCAGGAUCCCACACGGUUUAAGUCCAUCCACUGCCUUCUCUACCCAGACACGGCCUGGUGCCCCAGGCAGGGGGACCCCACCUCUCGGUGACCAGCGACCCCUGACCCGGGGCUGGCGCUGGCUCUGCCGCAGGUGCCAGGAGAGGGAAUGGCACCGCCCCCACCUGGCCUGCAGCACCCCCAGCCCUGGGUGCUCGGAGUGCCAGGGGCCUCCCCAGGAAGACGGGGAGGGGCUGUGCUGCAGAGGGCUCCACUCCCAGGGCUCCGUCCUGCCUUCCUCCUCACCCUGCUGGGCGGGGAGCCGGCGGCCAGGCGGGCCACGUGCUGGAGAGUGGCCCACGCCAAGGCCCUGCCUGUGGUUUCUCGGGCUGGACCAUGACCGUCGCCAGGGUGCAGCCUGGCCGGCCUCAUGGGGCAGCUGCUGUCCCGGCUGCAGACCAGCCCUGUAGCCCAAUGCAGUCUGGACUCAGCGGAGGGCCAACCUCUCAGCUAGAGCUGCACUCCUGGCCCAGGCGCCCCUGCCUGGAGGCCUCCAGGUGGUCUCAAAGACGCUCUCCUCCGACUUGGCGGUGUUCAGGACCCUUCCACGCGGGCCCUGUGCUCCCCUCCACGGGGGCCAGGUCCAUAAAACAGUGAGACUUUCAUUGGGGGACCCCUCAGGGGUGAGAACACCCCUAACCCACACCUCUGAGCAGACCCACCAGCCUGGACUGGCGCCUCCCCUGGGGGGAACAGAGCGCCAGGGCCGUGGCCUUCCCGGGCCUCUCUCCGCUGCUGUGAGUAAAGCUUCCUCCGCACUC